AUGGAAAACCUACGAAGAACACGAUCACGGAGUAUGCAGACGACCUCCCAAUUCGGAGGUCGUCUGCCGAAGCAAAUACAAAGAGCUUUACCUAUUUAUGCCAUUCUCAUCCUUUUGAUUUUGAUUGUCUCAAAUGUUGAUACUCUAAAAUCAUCUACAGUAUCGCAUACAAAAAGGUCGACACAGAAAGUUCUGAAAGGCGUCACAACCUCGGAAUUCCCAAGGAAAAUAUGGCAGACAUGGAAAGUUGAUCCAUUGGGUUUCGCAGAGAGAGACCUUUUGAGUGCCAGGACCUGGACUCAGUUAAAUCCAGGACACAGAUACGAGGUUUUAACGGACAACAAUGAUAUGUAUUAUGUCGAAACAAACUUCGGACUAGAUGGGUUGAAUAGGCCUGACAUCGUAGAGAUGUAUCGAUCGCUGAAGGUACAAAUCAUCAAGGCUGAUCUUUUGCGCUACUUGAUAAUGUACGUUGAAGGUGGUGUUUAUACCGAUAUUGAUGUCGAAGCAUUGAAAGCAGUCAAUACCUGGAUUCCCGAUCGAUAUGCUCUGGGCGAUGUUGAUAUGGUUGUGAGUGUUGAGAUCGACCAACCAGAUUUCAAAGACCAUCCAAUUCUUGGCCAAAAGUCGCAAUCCUUCUGCCAAUGGACUUUCAUGUGCAAGCCCCGUCUUCCUGUUAUGUUGGCACUUGUCGACAACAUUCUACAGUGGCUACAAGAUAUCGCUGCGGCACAAAACGUCCCAAUAUCAGAGAUCAAGCUCGAUUUCGACGAAGUCAUCUCCGGCACAGGCCCUUCAGCAUUCACAGGUGCGAUCUUGAAAGAAAUGAGCAUAAAGACUGGAAAUCCGGUUGAUUGGAGCACCUUUCAUGCCAUGCGGGAAUCAAAACUAGUUGGAGGAUUCCUGGUUCUCACCGUGGAAGCAUUUGCUGCCGGACAAGGGCAUUCAGAUUCCGGAAAUCACAAUGCGAGAGGAGCUUUGGUGAAACAUCAUUACCAUGCUUCGGAAUGGCCUUUACUACACCCUCGUUUCAGUCACCCGAUAUAUGGCGAGGUUGAGAAAUGCAACUGGGAGCCAGAAUGUGUCAGGAUAUGGGAUGAAAAUAUGGCUGCAUAUGAGGCGCUAUCACCGGAAGAGAAGGAACAACAGAUCGCGAUAAAGAAGGCAUUGGACGAACAUGAUGCACUUCAUGCACAGAUGGGCGCUCAAACAUUCGAUCCGAACGCAUUAUCGAUACCCCAACAGAAUCUGAAUCCGAUACCUCAAGCAGCGAUUCCACAGUCGCAACCUGGAUUCUAUCCAGAUGGUUCACCUGUGAGGAAUUUGGACGGUUCUAUUAUGAGAAAUCUGGAUGGCUCACUCCCUGUAAAUCCAAACGCCCCGCCUCCGGCACAGAAACUCGAAAUAAAGGACUUGUCCGCUCCUCAUAUUAAUCCGAAUCUCGCGCUAAUGCAGCCAGAGUCUAAUCUCCAGUUCAACGAAAAGAACCAAGAUGACCUCAAAAAUUUGCAACUAAAUCCAGCAGGCGACAUGCUACUAGGAGCUUCAUAA